AUGCUAUCACGACAUUUAACAAACAAGAUACUUGAUAUUCGUCUUGAAGAAGAAAAGUUUUAUUUUCCUGGAGAGACUAUUCAAGAAAAAGAAUACAACACGUUAUUUCAAAAGACACUUGCACUUUCGGUAUACCCUAACAGCACUACACCUAAACAGACAACGUUAGAUGCGACUGAACAUAGUUUUCCUUUUGAAUUCAUUGUUCCAAAAAGCUCUGAUUUACCGAGCUCCAUGGAGUUUGGUAAAAAAGGUCAUAUUCGAUAUACUAUCCGUGCUGUAUUGGACAGACCCAUGGUACCAGAAUCCCUGUGUCCCAAAACAGACUAUAUUGUGUCUUUGCUUGAAUACAUUGAUAUUGAACAACCUCAAUUCAAAGUGCCACAAGAAAAGAGUCAAGACAUUAUGCUGCCAAAAGCAAAAUACAAUCAGAAAUGCAUGUUGAGAGCAUCGAUGCCUCGUUUAGGUUUCACAAGAGGUGAUAUUGUGCCUCUCAAGGUCACAAUUGAUCAUUUUACAUCAUAUGAACGUAAACAUGGUGUGACGGUGGACUUGGUUAGAACGGUUGAAAUUAGAACAACGCGACACACGAUCUUUAAAGAAGCUGUCUUAAAAUCAACACCUUACGAUAUGCAUAUCACACAUCAACAACAAGCCAUCACUUGUCAAAUCUUGAUUCCAACAUCUACACCCCCUUCCAUUCGCUAUAAAGAUAAAGUGCUUCGAUUUCAUUAUAAAGUUCGAAUUUCAGCGGAUUUUGGAAAGAAGGUAGUGUGUACCUUGGAUCUGCCUAUUGUGAUUGGCACUUGGCCUCGCGCAGCUGUGCCUAUUGACGAUGAUGAUGAGGAUGAGGAUGAUGAGCAAGAGGAUAAGCAGAGUUCAUUUCAUUUAGACAGUUCCAUUAUUACAGAAAAUGAAGAUGAUGAUGAAUCUUACAAGUCAUGUUCCCUAGACGACACACGCCACUUGUCUUGGCAAGCUAUUUCCGCGCAACCAAAAAACAAUAACAGCGAAUGGCCAGAAGCCCCUUCUGUCCUGCUUGAAACAGAUGUCCCUACGCAUAUUCUUGAACCCAUCUCUACUCCACAACACAAAACACUCAAUGUAUCAGACAGUGAUAGUAAUAGUAAUAGUAAUAGUAAUAGUAAUGACGAAGACGAUUUACUUGCAAUCAUUGAGCGAAAAAAGAAAAAAGAACAAAAAAAGAAAGCCACACAUUCAUAA